UAAAGGGAGAGGCUGGCGGGAGGCGGGGUGUGGAAUCAGUCGCUGCUGCGGGCGGGCGGGGCGCAGGCCGCAGGGCCGGGCCGGAGCCGCGGGGGGAGCGGAGGCGCCGGUAUCCGAUUCACUCGCUGGGGAGACCUAUGGGCAGAAGCCGUGUAAAUGCGUUUUAAGGGGCCUCAGCUCCCCAGCAGCAGCUACUCCUCGGGGUGUUGCACAAGUUCUGAGCUCACCUGCGAGCCCCCCUAGCAUCGCACCUGGCUCUGCCCCCCCACAAGGAGGACGGGGCUCGUGUGUUGCAUACUUUCUACGGCGGCGGGAGCCGGUCCACCUAGCAUUCCCCGUGGCUCCCAAGCAUGGCUGGCUACCUGAGUGAAUCAGACUUUGUGAUGGUGGAGGAGGGCUUCACCACCAGAGACCUGCUGGAGGAGCUGACCCUGGGGGGCCCACAGGAUGAAGGUACCUCCUUCUUUGUGGCCGACCUGGGAGAUGUGGUGAAGAAGCACCUUCGUUUUCUGAAGAACCUGCCCCGUGUCAGACCCUUCUAUGUCGUCAAGUGCAACAGCAGCCCUGGGGUGCUGAGGGCCCUGGCUGAGCUGGGGCUGGGGUUCAGUUGUGCUAAUAAGGCAGAGAUGGAGCUGUUGCGGCACAUUGGGGUCCCUGCCCACAAGAUCAUCUAUACCAGCCCAUGCAAGCAGGCUGCCCAGGUGAAGCAGGCCGCUAGGCUUGGCAUUCGGAUGCUCAGCUUUGACAACGAGGUGGAACUGGCGAAGGUGGCGAGGUCCCACCCCACUGCCAGGAUGGUUUUACGCAUUGCCACAGAUGACUCCUGCUCUCCUGCCCGCCUGAGCAUGAAGCUCGGGGCUACUCUGAAGUCCUGUAGACACCUGCUAGAAACUGCCAAGAAGAUGAACAUGGAGGUGGUGGGUGUUAGUUUCCAUGUUGGAAGUGGCUGCUCCUCCGACCCUCAGGCCUUUACCCAAUCCAUCGCAGAUGCGCGCCUGGUAUUUGAAAUGGGGACUGAGCUGGGCUACCGGAUGCACAUCCUGGAUCUUGGAGGUGGCUUUCCUGGCACUGAGGACUCCAAAGUCAGGUUUGAAGAGAUGGCUUCUGUGAUCAACUCAGCCUUGGACAUGUACUUCCCUGAAGGCUGUGGAGUAGACAUUCUGGCUGAGCCUGGACGUUAUUACGUGGCUUCUGCUUUCACCUUGGCUGUCAGGAUUGUUGCCAAAAAGGAAGUUCCAUCAGACCAGACUGGCUUGGAUGAGGAAGACGGGGCCUCUCCCAAGAGUAUCGUGUACCAUAUUUCUGAGGGUGUCUAUGGAGCCUUCAACUGUGUCUUCUUUGACAACGCUUGCCCCAUGCCCAUCUUGCAGAAGAAACCAUCUCCAGAUCAGCGUGUGUAUAGCAGCAGCCUUUGGGGCCCAACUUGUGAUGACUUGGACCAUGUGGCUGAGGGCCUCUGUCUGCCGGAGCUGCAGCUGGGUGAUUGGCUCAUCUUUGAGAACAUGGGAGCCUACACCGUGGGCACGACAGCCUCCUGCAGUGGGCAACAAACCUGCCAGACUACUUACGCCAUGUCUAGAGUCACCUGGGAAGCAGUUCGAGGCAGGCUUCUGCCUCCAGAAGAGGACACAGAGGACAUGUGUAAACCCCUGUCCUGUGGCUGGGAGAUCGCAGACACUCUGUGUGUGGGCCCUGUCUUUGCUCCCACCAGCAUCAUCUGAGCCACCCUCCAAUCUUCCCUCUAUCUCUUCUUGGCCCUGCUCUCCCCUACCUGAGAACGGGUUGGUAGGGGGGGUGGUGGGCUGAGGCAGAUGGAUGCCUUCUGGGGAGGUGGGGGGAGGAGGUGGGGAACCUCUCUGAGGAGGCAAGGACUCUUGUGACCUCUGUGCCCUAUCCCCCACACCCCGCCUCUAGUGUUUCUGCCCUGUAAGUAGACCCAGUCUUACAAUCGCUGUAGUUAAAGUAUGCAACAUAAAUCCUGUCCCUUCCAAUCGUGUCUGUGUCCUCUCCAGCGCCAGUCAGCUUUGUCUGCCUUCCUGGUCGGUCUGUCUGUCUCUCUGUCUGUCUGUCCAUCUGUCCAUCCAUCUGUCUGUCAGUCGUGUCCCUCACCUUGGCUUCUGCUGCUGGCUCCCACAUGUCCUUUUCUCUGUAAAUAAAUAUUAAUAAAUAUUUAGGUUUUAAUAUCUUGA